AUGAAGGCGGCGGCAUCGGUGGUGACGGCGGCGGCUUCUCCUGCGAUGGAGCCGGGCCCCUCUGUGUCCCCGGGGCCUUCGCGCUCCUUCAAGGAGGAGCUGUUGUGUGCUGUGUGCUACGACCCGUUCCGCGACGCAGUGACUCUGCGCUGUGGCCACAACUUCUGCCGCCGGUGCGUGAGCGGCUGCUGGGAGGUGCAGACGACGCCCUCGUGCCCGGUGUGCAAGGAACGAGCGGCUCCCGGGGAACUGCGCACCAACCACACGCUCAACAACCUGGUGGAGACCUUGCUGCGCGAGGAGGCCGAGGGCGCGCGCUGGACCGGUCGCCGGUCCCCGCGCCCCUGCCGCGCGCACCGUGCCCCGCUCACGCUCUUCUGCCUGGAGGACAAGGAGCUGCUGUGCUGUGCCUGCCAGGCCGACGCCCGGCACCAGGAGCAUCGUGUACAGCCCAUCAAGGACACUGCGCAGGACUUCCGGGCCAAGUGUAAGAACAUGGAGCAUGUACUGCGAGAGAAAGCCAAGGCCUUCUGGGCCCUGAGGCGCACCUAUGAGGCCAUUGCCAAGCACAAUGAGGUGCAGACAACUUGGCUGGAAGGCCGCAUCCGGGAUGAGUUUGACAAACUCCGAGAUUUCCUGAGGGUGGAGGAACAAGCCACCUUGGAUGCCAUGAAGGAAGAGAGCAGAAAGAAGCACCUGCAGGCUGAAGAGAAGAUGAAACAGCUGGCAGAGCAGACCGAGGCACUGGCUCGUGAGAUUGAGCGUCUGCAGAUGGAGAUGAAGGAAGACGACAUGACCUUCCUCAUGAAACACAAGAGCCGAAAACGCCGGCUCUUCUGCACCGUGGAGCCAGCUCCUCUCCAGCCUGGCUUGCUAAUGGAUGCAUGCAAGUAUCUGGAGUCCCUGCAGUACCGAGUCUGGAAGAAGAUGCUUGGGUCCGUUGAAUCUGUGCCCUUCAGCUUGGAUCCCAACACAGCUGCUGGCUGGCUCAAAGUGGCUGAUGACCUCACAAGUGUCAUCAACCAUGGCUACCGUGUGCAGGUGGAGAAUCCAGAGCGCUUCUCCUCAGCACCCUGCCUGCUGGGCUCUCAAGUUUUCUCAAAGGGCUCCCACUCUUGGGAGGUGGAUGUGGGUGGCCUGCCGAGCUGGCGAGUGGGCGUGGUGCGGGUGCAGGCACAUGCACAGGCACAGGCUCAGGCUGAUGUAGGUGGUGAAGGCCACUCACACAGCUGCUACCACGAUACACGCUCAGGCUUCUGGUACCUAUGCCGCACACAGGGUGUGGAUGGAGACCACUGCAUGACUUCCGACACAGCCACAGCCCCUCUGGUCCAGGCCAUGCCACGCCGUCUGCGUGUGGAGCUGGAGUGUGAGGAGGGGGAGCUGUCCUUCUAUGACUCUGAGCGCCACUGCCAUCUGUACACCUUCCAUGCCCACUUUGGGGAGGUGAGGCCCUACUUCUACCUGGGGGCCUCUCGGGGUGACGGUCCCCCAGAACCUCUGCGAAUCUGCCACCUGCGUGUCUCCAUCAAAGAAGAGCUGGACAUCUGAGCUGUGGGAAUUGGUACCCACCACUGACACUCAUGCAGCAUCCUGUAUCCUGUCUUAUCUUUUCUGUAGCUCUAAGUCCUCCUAUGCCUCUGUCUUUAUUUUUAGCCCUUUUUCUGCCCAAAGUUUAGAGCCACCCAGGAGGUGAUUGGCUAUGCUCUGUCUAGAGUCAUGCUACCUUCAGGAUAUGGGUGUUCUGAUUUCCUUUGUCCUUGGAUUGCUGAUACACUGUUUUCUUGUAAGAUGGCAUUAUAAUGUAGGUGUGAUUAUUUUUAGAGAUGAUGAAGCUAGCCUAUCAGGAGAUGCCUCUUGUUGAGUUUGUCAUUUAUGUUUCCCAGGAAGAGGUCCUUGUGAGGCCACACAGGGAAACCCUAGGAUUAGUUGAGACAAGAGUGGGCAAAGCCUUCAUCUAGGCUCUCCCACCCUACUACUAGGGUAGUUACACCUGGCCAACUGAGCAAGCAUGGCUUUGACAUCUGGUCAGAAGCUCAGGAGUUUCCCUGUUGGACCCUAGGAUUGUCUUUGACUUUCUCUGUGGGAACUCUGUAGGGUCUGAGAUACUCUGGAAUACAGCUCGGAGUUAGUGGGUGUCACAGGAAAGGCAGCUCUAGGGCUUUUGGCAGUGGCUAAGGAUUGACCAGCUUCAAGUCUGGUAGAGGCCAAAGCACCAGAAUGCAGUGAGUGAAAAGACAGCUGGUGCUGGGCUGGGGGAGGAGCCCCGCUCUGCUGCCAUUUUGAGGCUAACUUCCUGUUAGCACGAAAUCAACACUGAUUGGUCAACUCAUGCUUUGAGGAUUUCCUCUGGAAUCACCCAGUUUUCUGGAACACUUUUUAAAACAUUAACUUUUUGCCCUUUUUCUGUCUUGUGGCCUGUGUUUCCACAUCUGUGAAUUAACAGUAGUCCUUAGAAGUCACUGGAGGGAGGUAUGAAAAGGGGCCACAAGGGAUGCUGCUUCAGUCAGGAGCUGUUGGACUGGGAGGCCAGUCCUGUCCUCGAUGCCCUUGUCUUCAUUGGCUUCUGCCUGCUUGUUCUUGCUCUGCUUUCUGCAGAUGUCAGCCCUUUUCCUUUGUGUGAUCCUCCACCCUUUCUUUCUCAGUCAUGCCUAUAGAUGGAGUCUAAUUGCCAACUAACCAAAUCCCAAGUGGUGUCGUAAGGAGAAAUACCAUCUCAGGGGGACACUGUCAUGGUCAGGGACACAUCCCUGACCUAGCAUCCCAAUUUCAGCCUGCACCCCUCAUUACAUAAGACUUUUAACCAUGCCGCUUACCCACUAAUUGGCUCUAAAUGGGUCAUGUGUAUUGAUUAUUUAACAAUUGGGGACACAGAAGAAACCCUGGUGCAGGCCAGGCUGGGAGCAGGGACAUUGUUGGCAAACUAGCUUAUGAGUCAGAUGCUUGGGCACCAUGGGUGUAAAAAGGUACGCCUGGUAUGAUGUUUGUGUUCAGUUUCUCUAUAAGAAACUUUUUCUGAAAUUGUUCUUAUAAUAAUUUUUAUAACAUUUAUUUUUAAAUUUUCAUCUUAAUUCUUUUUAAAUAGGGUUAUUUCAAUGACCUAGCCUCUUUUAGAAAAAUUUUACUUGCCCCACCACUGAUAUGUUUCUUUCAGAGCUUUUGUAAACACUAGUUCCUGUUGUAACUUACACCUGAUUGAUCCUUCCCAUUGUAAGAUUCCAUCGUGUGCAGUGAAUGUGCUGUGUAACUUGUUAGUUGGUGGACAUUUGGCUUGUUGCAGUGUGUUUAGCUAUUAUGAGUUCUGCUGCUAUGAAAUAUGUGUGCAAGUUUUGUGUGGAUGUAUCUUUUUUGAUUCUCUGUCAUAUACCUGGAGUCUGUUUUCCAGGUCAUAUGAUAAUUAUUUUAAACCCUUUGGGGACUUGCCAAGCUGUUUCUAAGAGAGCCGUCCCAUUUUCUACUCCCACCGGCAGCAGGUGAGGGCUAGUCUGUACCGAGUUCUUGUCAGCACUGUCUGCCCUCUAAACUAGCCAUACUGAGGAAGUUGGAGUAUGUCUCAUUUGGCCUGUAGUUGCCAUCCCUGACGGCUGAUGAGGGAGCGUCUUUUCUCAUAUUUGCUGUGUAUCUGCUUCAGAGACUUCAGAGCGUUUGCCCGUUGGGUUGUCUGACCUUUUAUUAUGAAGUUUUACAAAUUUGUUAUGCAUUCUAGAUAAAAGUUCCUUUGUGUCAUAUGAAUCAAUUAUAAAAAUUUUCCUCCUAA